AUGAUUGUAAAAGGAAGCCACAGCGUUUUAGCCAAUUCUAGCCAAUACAUCCUCUGGUUUCCGCCAUCAUCACCAAUCAAUCAGAAGCCUCUCUACGCACCGCCACCAGUAUCAAAACGACACCGUAAUCGUCUCACCAAAGCAGCAGCAGCAGAAACGCAAGAAAUCCGCGUCUGCACCAACCGAUCAUGCCGUAAACAAGGCUCAUUUCAAACUCUAGAAAUCGUGACCGAUUUAGCCCCUCCAGAUAUCACCGUCAAGUCCUGUGGCUGCUUAGGCCGUUGUGGUUCUGGUCCAAACGUCGCCGUGUUGCCUCAAGGAAUAAUUGUGAAUCAUUGCGGUACCACCGCUAAAGCUGCGCAGUUUAUGGCUACUGCUGCUAAUGUUAACGAUGGUGAUGUAAGUAAGAGUUUGGAAGCACUUGCUUUGAGAAAAAGAGCGCAGGCUGAAAUUGAUCUUGCAAAUUUCUCCAAGGCUGAUGAAUUACUCUCACAGGCUAUUGAUUUUAAACCAUUUGGUGGUAUUCAUAUUAUGUACAAAUACAGGUCUCGUGCAAGAUUGGCAAUGGGAAACUACUCGGGUGCUCUUGAAGAUGCUCGAGAAGCGAUAAGAUUAGCUCCUCGAUAUAGUGAGGGUUACAUGUGCGAAGGUGAUGCUUUAAUGGCGAUGGAAGAGUAUGAUGCAGCAGAGAAGUCAUACUCGAUGUGUUUACAGAUAGAUCCUUCAAUUCGUCGUUCCAAAUCAUUCAAGACUCGGGUGGAAAAGCUUAACGAGAAGCUAACUGCUGCAAAUAUGCCUCACAAUCAGCAUGAAUGA